AUGUCCCGUUUCCCACCCCACACCGGCUUCAACUCCACAGAGACCAUUCACAAUGACACUUACGCAUUCGUCGAUCCUCUCGAGCCCGCCGGCUUAGGCCGUCGUGCUGCUAUCUCAUUUGCCCUCUGUGGCGUUUCGAAAAUCGCGAUCGGAGCUCGCUCUUCUCUUGAUUCCCUCGAAUCGAAAAUCCUUGAUGUGGCCACCAAAGCCGGCCAUCCUGCGCCACAAGUUGUCAAGGUUCAACCUGAUGUGCUCGAUAAGGAGAGCGUCAAGAAUGCCGCACAGAAGAUAGAGAAGGAGUUCGGGCCCGGAGGAGUAGACAUCUUGGUCAAUAACGCAGGAUGGUUGGAGACUUUUCACCUUAUGGGCGACAUUCACGUGGACGAUUGGUGGUACACCUGGGAGAUGAAUGUCAAAGGGUUGUUUUUGGCGUCAGGGUAUCAUUCGGGCAAGCUUGCCGUAUUGCAUGUGACGGAGUUCAUGAACGCUGAUUACGGCGCGCAAGGCCUCCUGGCAUAUGCGGUCCAUCCCGGAGCCGUACUCACCGACAUGGGAUUACACGCACCCACAGAGCUGCGACACUUGUUUAUUGACACACCUGCAUUAUCUGGAGAUUGUAUCGCUUUCUUGACGCGAGAGAGGAGAGAAUGGUUGGCUGGUCGUUAUAUCAGUUGUACUUGGGACAUGGAAGAAUUCCUUGCGAAGAAAGACGAGAUUGUGGAUGGCGAUUUGAAGCUAAAGGUUCGGAUGGUCGUAUACAAGUCGUAUAAGAUUCAACCGCUGGAGAAGUGGCUCGAAAUUCGAUCAUCUUGCUUGACAUGCCCAUCCACCCAGAGGAGGAUGAUUUCACGGUGGCCGUGA